AUAUUUAUGGUAGCACUGCAUUUUGACAGACGUAUGUUACGAUGGUAGCCAAAAGUAAACACCCCUAGUAAACACAUUAUUUCAUGAACUUUUACAUAUUUUUCAAUUAAACUUUGAUCUUUUGUUAUUUAGAGUUGGUGAAUAUUAAAUUGUAGAUUCAAUUAUUCUCAAUAUGCCAUUGCCUCCAGCCUUAGCCGCAAGAUUAGCCAAACGGGGUAUAGCUGUACCACAAAAUGAACAACCCGUUGAACCAACUGAAGAAAUUAUUGCCGAGGAUUAUGAUGAAACUGCACCCACAAAUCCACAAAAAGAAAUUCCAGUGAAGUCAUACAUUCCAGCAGAAAAAGAUUAUGAAUUUGAUUUAGAUAUUAAUUUCAAAAUAAAAGGAUAUGAAAAUUGUCCUAAUAAAUACAACAUUUACCACGAUUGUUCACAUUAUUGUGUAAAAAAGUGGAAAAACGGUCAUACAGAACCUGAUGUAAAACAUUUGGAAAAGAAAAUGAGGAUGCUUAUGAAGUAUCCAUUGCCAGAUAAUUGGAAAGAAGUUUAUGACAAAGGAGUUGGGAGACACUAUUAUUGGGACACAUCAAAUGACUUGGUGUCCUGGUUGCCACCAGCACAUCCAAAAGCAAUAAUUACAGAAAGUGCAUCAGCUUUAAGAGAGGAGAGGUUGAUGAAAGAAGGUGAUGAAAGUGACGACAGCGGUGCAGGCAGUAGUGAGGAGGAAUCUACUGUUUCUAAAUAUGAUUCUAAACGUGAAGAAAAGUCUGGUCGAGAAUUCAAGAGGCCGCAUCCCCCGCAGCAAGAGUCAAAGUCUUCAAAACGCGCCCGACAACAAGAAAGAGUAAAAAGUACGCCCUUAGAUCCUAUGGAUCCCUCUUCCUAUUCUGAUGUGCCUAGGGGCAACUGGGCAUCGGGACUUCAGAAUCAGACAGAAGCAAAAACUGGUGUUGACACAACUGCCAGCGGUUCACUAUAUCAAAUGAGGCCAUAUCCUAGUCCUGGAGCUAUCCUUUCCGCAAAUAAUAAAAAUAAACCUCCUGCUGAAGAUAGUGGAAAGAAAUCAAUUAUGUAUCCACAACUACCUGAUGAAGAUGACGAUUAAAAUGU